AUGGCACGUAAUUCCAGUGUUUUAGCUACGGCAUUGUUAGUAAUGCUGUUUGUGAACAUUGCCAUGGGAUCUAGGAUCGGGAAAAGCAUUAAGGCAAGCGGCGGCGGUGGUGGCGGCGGCGGCGGCGGUGGUGGUGUUGGAGGAGGCUCGGGAUCUGGUUCGGGUUCGGGGUAUGGUUCGGGAGGAGGCUCGGGGAGUGGCUCGGGAGAUGAAGAUUGUGAUGAUGGUGAUUGGGAACACGUAGAUUGUGAUGCCGAGGGUGCGUAUCUUGCGCCGAGUUCCGGCGGAGGAGGUGGCGGCGGCGGCGGCGGAGGCGGAGGAGGAGGUGCUAGUGCUCCUGCUGCCGCUCCCACUUCAGGGUCAGGAUACGGGUACGGGUUGGGAUCAGGGUCCGGGUAUGGGUCCGGUGGAGGGGGAGCGAAAGCGGGAGGUGGCGGCGGAGGAGGAGGCCAAGGGGGCGGUGGUGGCUCCGGUGGGUCCGGGAGCGGUUCAGGGUACGGGAGCGGGAGUGGGAGUGGCUACGGGAGUGGAGAUGGGAAGAGUGGCGGCGGAGGUAGAGGCGGAGGUAGAGGCGGAGGCGGCGGUGGAGGAGGCGGAGGCGGUUCCGGGAGUGGGUCCGGGUAUGGAAGUGGAUCCGGGUGGGGAUCCGGAUCCGGGUACGGAAGUCAGGGUUGA